AUGGCAGACCCCAGCGUUGACGACGCCAAGUUCCUCUUCCUGGAGAACGACUUCAGCAGCAGCGUUGCGCAAGCUGAUUGGUCGGCCAAGAAGAUGGUGUGGAUCCCUUCGGAGAGGGAGGGCUUUGAGGCUGCGAGCGUUACCAAGGAGACGGGAGAUGAGGUGCUGGUGGAGCUGUCCAACGGGCAGAAGCUGAAGGUGAACAAGGAGGACGUCCAGAAGAUGAACCCGCCCAAGUUCAACAAGGUGGAGGACAUGGCGGCGCUCACCUUCCUGAACGAAGCCUCGGUGCUGCACAACCUGAAGGACCGCUACUACUCCAGCCUGAUCUACACGUACUCUGGGCUGUUCUGUGUGGUGGUGAACCCCUACAAGAUGCUGCCCAUCUACUCAGAGAAGGUGGUGGAGAUGUACAAGGGGAAGAAACGCCAUGAAGUCCCACCACACAUCUACUCCAUCACAGACAACGCUUACAGGAACAUGAUGCAAGACCGUGAGGAUCAGUCCAUUCUUUGCACAGGGGAGUCAGGAGCUGGGAAGACGGAGAACACUAAGAAGGUGAUCCAGUACCUGGCCGUGGUCGCCUCCUCCCACAAGGUCAAGAAGGACAGCAGCCCUCAGCAGCCGGCCGGAUCCCUGGCAUACGGGGAGCUGGAGAAGCAGCUGCUGCAGGCCAACCCCAUCCUGGAGGCCUUCGGGAACGCCAAGACCAGCAAGAACGACAACUCCUCCCGCUUCGGCAAGUUCAUCAAGCUGAACUUCGACGUGACGGGUUACAUCGUGGGAGCCAACAUCGACACCUACCUGCUGGAGAAGUCCCGCUGUAUCCGGCAGGCGGCGGUGGAGAGAGCCUUCCACAUCUUCUACUACAUGGUGGCCGGGGCCAAGGACAGCCUGCGAGAGGAGCUCCUGCUGGAGGACUUCAGCAGCUACCGGUUCCUGAUGUCCGGUCACGUGGAGAUCCCGGGGCAGGAGGACGACCAGAUGUUUGAGGAGACGCUGGAGGCCAUGGAGAUCAUGGGCUUCACCCAGGAGGAGAGGACAGGAAUGCUGAAGGUGGUGUCGACGGUUCUCCAGCUGGGGAACGUCAAAUUUGAGAAGGAGAGGAACAGCGAGCAGGCCUCCAUGCCGGAUGACACGGCUGCCCAGAAGCUGUGCCACCUGCAGGGCAUCAACGUGACGGACUUCAGCCGCGCCGUCCUCACCCCCCGCAUCAAGGUGGGCCGCGAGGUGGUGCAGAAGGCCCAGACCAAGCAGCAGGCUGACUUUGCCAUCGAGGCGCUGGCCAAGGCGAUGUACGAGCGACUGUUCCGGUGGAUCCUGGCUCGGGUCAACAAGACGCUGGAUAAGAGCAAGAGGCAGUCCUCUUCCUUCCUGGGCAUCCUGGACAUCGCCGGCUUCGAGAUCUUUGAGGACAACUCCUUUGAGCAGCUGUGCAUCAACUACACCAACGAGCGGCUGCAGCAGCUGUUCAACCACACCAUGUUCACCCUGGAGCAGGAGGAGUACCAGCGUGAGGGCAUCGAGUGGACCUUCAUCGACUUCGGCCUGGACCUUCAGCCCUGCAUCGAGCUCAUCGAGAGGCCGAACAACCCUCCAGGCAUCCUGGCCCUUCUGGACGAGGAGUGCUGGUUCCCCAAGGCCACGGACGUGUCCUUCGUGGAGAAGCUGCUCAGCACCCACACCGCCCACGUCAAGUUCUCCAAACCCAAGCACCAGGACAAGCUGAUCUUCACCGUGCUACACUACGCCGGCAAGGUGGACUACAAUUCUGACAGCUGGCUGACCAAGAACAUGGACCCCCUGAACGACAACGUGACCGGCCUGCUGAGCAACUCCUCCAGCCCCUUCAUCCAGGACCUCUGGAGAGAACUGGACCGCGUGGUCGGCCUGGAGACCAUCAACAAGUCCAAGAAGGGGAUGUUCCGGACGGUGGGGCAGCUGCACAAGGAGUCCCUGGGGAGGCUGAUGACCACGCUGAACAACACGCAGCCCAACUUCAUCCGCUGCAUCAUCCCCAACCACGAGAAACGGCCGGGGAAGAUGGACGCCCAGCUGGUGCUGGAGCAGCUGCGGUGCAACGGAGUCCUGGAGGGCAUCAGGAUCUGCAGGCAGGGCUUCCCCAACCGCAUCCUCUUCCAGGAGUUCAGACAGAGGUAUGAGCUGCUGGCUGCUAAGGCGAUCCCCAAAGGCUUCAUGGAUGGGAAGCAGGCCUGCGCUCUGAUGGUGACCCACCUGGACCUGGACCCUAACCUGUUCCGGAUCGGUCAGAGUAAGAUGUUCUUCCGGACGGGGGUCCUGGCUCAGCUAGAGGAGGAGAGGGACCUCAAGAUCACCGUGGUAACCAUCGCCUUCCAGGCCCACAGCCGUGGCCACCUGGCACGCAGGGCGUUCGCUAAGAAGCAGCAGCAGUUAGGAGCCAUGAAGAUUCUGCAGAGGAACUGUUCCUGUUACCUGAAGCUGAGAACCUGGCAGUGGUGGAGACUGUUUACCAAGGUGAAGCCGCUGCUGCAGGUGACCCGACAGGAUGAGGAAAUGGGUCAGCGGGAGGAGGAGCUUAAAGCAGCCAAUGACAUUGCAGUCAAGAGCCAGGAAGAGCUGAGGGAGGUGUCACUCAAACACACAAAGCUCCUGGAGGACCGGGCCCAGCUGGAGGCGCGCCUCCUUGCGGAGACGGAGCUCUGCGCGGAGGCGGAGGAGGAGCGGAGCCGCCUGGAGGCCAAGAGGCAGGAGCUGGAGGAGGUGCUGCACGAGAUGGAGGCGCGGCUCGAGGAGGAGGAGGAGCACAGCAACGCAGUGCAGCAGGAGAAGAGGAGCAUGGAGGAGCAGCUGCAGGCCCUGGAGGCUCAGCUGUCCGAGGAGGAGGCCGGACGGCAGCUCCUCCUGCAGGAGAAGGAGGCGGUGGAGGGGCGGGCGAGGAGGCUGGAGGAGGAGGUGAACCUGAUGGAGGACCAGCACACCAAGCUGCACAAGUCCCUAGAGGAGCGUCUCUCUGACCUGACCUCCAGCCUGGCGGAGGAGGAGGAGAAGUCCCUGAACCUCAGCAAGCUGAAGAGCAAACAGGAGAGCAUGAUCUCCCAGCUGGAGGUGCGUCUGAACAAGGAGGAGAAAGCCCGUCAGGAUGGAGAUAAGUGUCGGAGGAAGCUGGAGGCGGAGCUUGCGGAGCUGCAGGAGCGAUUGGUCGAUCUGCAGACCCAGCUAGACGACCUCCGAGCUCAGCUCACGCUCAAGGAGAACGAGCUGCUGGCCAGCCAGACGCAGCUGGAGCAGGAGAGCAGAGGGAGGCAGGCGGCUGUGAGGCGUCUGGCGGAGCUGGAGGAGGUGCUGGCGGAGCAGCAGGAGGACCUGGAGGGGGAGAAGGAGGUGCGCGGGCGGGUGGAGAAGGCCAACAGGGAGCUGGGGGAGGAGCUGAACUCCCUGCGCAGCGAUCUGGAGGACAGCCUGGACUCCACCGCCGCCCAGCAGGAGCUACGGGCGCGGCGGGAGCAGGAGGUGGCGGCCCUGAAGCGCUCCCUGGAGCAGGAGGUGCAGGCCUCCCAGGCGCGGCUCCAGGAGCUCCGCAGCAAACACAGCCAGACGCUGGAGGAGGUCAAGGAGCAGCUGGAGCAGACCAAGAGGGUGAAGGCGGGGCUGGAGAAGUCUAAGCAGGUUCUGGAGAAGGAAGUGAUGUCGCUCGAAGCCCAGGUGAGCUCUCUGUCCGCCGCCAAACAGGAAGUGGACCACAGGAAGAAGAAGGUGGAAGGUCAGCUGGCCGACGCCCAGAGGCACCUGGAGGCCAGCGAGACUCAGAGGGCGGAGCUAGGGGAUCAGCUGGCCUGUAUGAGCGCUGAGCUGGACGGGGUGUCGUCGCUCCUCAGCGAGGCCGAGGGGAAGAGCCUCAAACUGGGGAAAGAGGUCUCCAGCCUUGGCACCCAGCUCCACGACACCCAGGAGGUGCUGGCGGAGGAGGCGCGGCAGAAGCAGAGCCUGGCGGCCCGGCUCCGUCAGACGGAGGAGGACCGGAACCACCUGGCGGAGAACCUGGAGGAGGAGAGCGAGGCCAAGCGGGCGGUCGAGAGGCAGGCUUCCAGCCUCAACAUGCAGCUGGUGGAGGUGAGGAAGAGGCUGGAGGAGGCGUCGGAGGCGGGGGAGGCGCUGGAGGAGGGGAGGCGCCGGCUGCAGCGGGACCUGGAGGAGGCGCGGGGGGAGUACGAGGAGAAGGCGUCUGCGUGUGAGAAGCUGGAGAGGAGCAGGAGCCGGCUGCAGCAGGAGCACGAGGACCUCCUGGGGGAGCUGGACGGACGCCGCCAGCUGCUCGCCACCCUGGAGAAGAAGCAGAAGAAGUUUGACCAGAUGCUGGGGGAGGAGCGAUUGGCGUCCAGCCGGCAGGUGGAGCAGCGGGAGCGGGCGGAGGCGGAGCUGAGGGAGAAGGAGACGAAGAUGCUGGCAUUGGGGAGGACUCUGAAGGAGAAGGAGGAGGUGCUGGAGGAGAUGGAGAAGAGCAUGAAGACCAUGAGGACCGAGAUGGAGGAGCUGCUCAGCUCCCAGGACGAUGUGGGCAGGAACGUGCACCACCUGGAGAAGGAGCGGCGUGCGCAGGAGGCCGUGCUGGAGGAGGCGCGGCUGCAGAUGGACGAGCUGGAGGACGAGCUGCAGGCGGCGGAGGACGGGCGGCUGCGCCUGGAGGUCGGGGGUCAGGCGCUCCGGGCCCAACACGAGAGGGAGCUCCAGGCCGCUGAGCAGGCCGCCGAGGAGCAGCGCCGACAGAUGCUCAGACAGGUGACCGAGCUGGAGUCGGUCCUGGAGGAGGAGAAGAGGCAGAGGAGCCAGGCGCUGGCUGCCCGCAGGAGGCUGGAAGGAGAGUUGAAGGAGCAGGAGGACCUGACGGAGGCCACUAGCCGAGGCCGCGAGGAGGCCCUCAAACAGCUCCGCAAGGCCCAGGCCCAGCAGAAGGAGCUCCAGAGGGAGGUGGAGGAGUCUCGCCUGGCCCAGAGGGAGGUGCUGUCCUCCGCCCGGGAGGCUGAGAGGAGGCUGAGGACAAUGGAGGCCCAGACGCUGCAGCUGCAGGAGGAGGUGUCGUCGGCGGAGCGUGGACGGAGGCAGGCGGAGGCGGAGCGGGACGAGCUGACGGAGGAGCUGGCCAGCUCCUCCUCAGGGAGGUCUUUGGGUUCUGAGGAGAAGCGUAAUCUGGAUGCAAAGAUCUAUCAGCUGGAGGCAGAGCUGGAGGAGGAGCAAUCCAACGUGGAGAGCCUCUCUGAUAGGCUGAGGCAGAGCCAGCAGCAGGGGGAGCUGCAAGCUGGGGAGCUGGCCUCCGAGCGCUACUCCUCCCAGACCAGAGAGGCGUCCCUCCAGUUGCUGGAGCGGCAGGUCCACCAGCUCACUGCCAAGAUGGCCGACAUGGAGGCCCAGGGCAGGGCCAAGCUCCGCUCCGCCGUCGUCGCCCUGGAAACCAAACUCAGAGAGGCUGAGGAGCAGCUGGAGGCAGAGAACAGGGAGCGACAGGCCGGUGCCCGGGUGGUGCGGCAGAAGGACAAGAAGGUGAAGGAUCUCACGGUGCAGAUGGAGGAGGAGAGGAAGCAGAGCCAGCAGCACAAGGACCAGGUGCAGAAGGCUGGCGUCCGCGUGAAGCAGCUGAAGAGGCAGCUGGAGGAGGCGCUGGAGGAGGCGCAGCGCUCCACCGCUGCCCGCAGGAGGCUGCAGAGAGAGGUGGAGGAGGCCCAGGAGAACAACGAGGCCCUCAACCAGGAGGUGUCCUCCCUCAGGAGCAAGAUCAGAAAUUUUGAUCAGCCUUCCUCUACUCUAUUCUAGCUCUAUCAUAGAUAUACCUGUGCAACUUCUCUACUCUAUUCUGGCUCUAUACUAUAUAUA